CACUGCUGUAGGAUCAUACAGUACAGAGAGUGUGUGCUGGUGCUCUGAUCUGAGAAGACCCCUGGCACUUCUUUGCAAAAAAGAUGAGAACGACGAGGAUGAAGUUGGCUCUCAUUAUGCUGUGCAUGAUCUCAGCGUGUGGAGCUCAGAAAUCCAAACAGGAGACAUCACGCUGGGAACCUAAAGCAGUACAGACUAGUGCCAAGACUUGCUCAAACCUGACUCAGGUGCUGGACAACUGGAAAUUUGCUAUUGUGACCCAAGUGAAAGACUUGCUGAUCAAUGACCACGCUUCAGUCCUUCCUGAAUAUAACAGGAUCCAACCUCUUUCAGAUGCUCUGGGAGACCUCUACCGGCAGUUUAACACUCUAAAGGAUGAGCUGGGAAAGUUUACUACAAAGCUCGACAGAAUGGAGGCUUUCGUGGAUGAGCUCAAGGACGGCAGAUACGCCCUGCCUCAGCGGCCCGUACAUAGGCUCCAACCCAGCUUUGGUCUUAGGUCUCCUCUGCGUGCACAGAUGAGGGGUCCUGAAAGGAGGAUAAUCACUAGCCCAACACUGAGAAGGGCAAGGAGGAGAGGACCGUAGAAAUCUUAAACCUGUUGGCUUUUUUGUUUGGUAUAAAUGCAGAUUUGUUGAAAAUAAAUGUUUAUAUAUUUUUCAGAAGAAGAGGAUUGUUUUAUACUAUUUCUUUGAUGAGUAUGGUGUGAGAAAAAAGCUAAAUAAAAUGGCUUUAAUGAGACUUUAUUAAAGCAAACUAUAGCCACCUGCUGGUACAAAAUCACAAUAAACCACAAGGUGGCAGCAUUUAUCAAAUUAUCUUCACUAUAUGCUGUUUUUGGAUGCAUCAACGGGCUGGACUUAAAGUCAAAUAAAUGGCUAAACAUGUAGUUAAGGAGUGUUAUAUAUUACCUCAUUAUGAUUUUUUUUAUUACUUUAAUUAGCAUUGUAAGUCUUUGGUUUGUAUUUGAUUUGUUUAUCCAAAUACUUAUUAAAUUAU